UGGGAUUUGCGGACAGUCAUGAACCAGACCGAGGCACCCCGGCCACUCAACUGGACCAUCCGGAAGCUGUGCCAUGCCGCCUUCCUCCCCUCUGUCAGACUCCUUAAGGCGCAGAAAUCAUGGAUAGAAAGAGCAUUUUACAAGAGAGAAUGUGUUCAUAUCAUACCCAGCACCAAAGACCCCCAUAGGUGUUGCUGUGGGCGUCUAACAGGUCAACACAUUGGACAGCCUCCAAGCGCCUCCGUUACUCAGAAUGAGAAAAACGAAACCAGGCUUGCUCGCAAUGACAUCCAGUCGGAGAAGUGGUCCAUCAGCAAGCACACGCAGCUCAGCCCGACAGACGCUUUUGGAACCAUCGAGUUCCAAGGAGGAGGCCACUCCAAUAAAGCCAUGUAUGUACGUGUGUCUUUUGACACAAAGCCUGACCUUCUUCUGCAUCUGAUGACCAAAGAGUGGCAACUUGAGCUCCCCAAACUUCUCAUCUCCGUGCACGGGGGCCUUCAGAAUUUCGAACUUCAGCCAAAACUCAAACAAGUCUUUGGAAAAGGACUUAUUAAGGCUGCAAUGACAACUGGAGCCUGGAUAUUCACUGGAGGAGUAAACACAGGGGUCAUUCGGCAUGUUGGCGAUGCCCUGAAAGAUCAUGCCUCAAAAUCUCGAGGGAAGAUCUGCACCAUCGGUAUAGCUCCCUGGGGGAUUGUGGAAAAUCAAGAGGAUCUGAUCGGCAAAGAUGUGGUCCGACCAUACCAGACGAUGUCCAAUCCCAUGAGCAAGCUGACAGUGCUCAACAGCAUGCAUUCUCAUUUUAUUUUGGCUGACAAUGGUACUACUGGUAAAUAUGGAGCAGAGGUAAAGCUUCGCAGACACCUGGAAAAGCACAUUUCACUUCAGAAGAUAAAUACAAGAAUUGGCCAAGGGGUUCCAGUGGUGGCCCUUAUUGUGGAAGGAGGUCCCAAUGUCAUCUCCAUUGUUCUGGAAUACCUGCGUGACACUCCUCCUGUUCCUGUUGUGAUAUGUGAUGGCAGUGGCCGAGCGUCUGACAUCCUUGCCUUUGGCCACAAAUAUUCUGAAGAAGGAGGACUUAUCAAUGAGUCUUUGAGGGACCAGUUGCUAGUUACCAUCCAGAAGACUUUCACAUACACCCGAACCCAGGCACAGCACCUCUUCAUUAUCCUCAUGGAGUGCAUGAAGAAGAAGGAGCUGAUCACAGUUUUUCGAAUGGGAUCAGAAGGACACCAGGAUAUUGAUUUAGCUAUCCUGACAGCACUACUAAAAGGAGCUAAUGCAUCUGCUCCCGACCAGCUGAGCCUGGCACUAGCCUGGAACAGAGUAGACAUCGCCCGCAGUCAGAUCUUUAUUUAUGGGCAGCAGUGGCCGGUGGGCUCCCUUGAGCAAGCAAUGCUGGAUGCACUGGUGUUGGACAGAGUGGAUUUUGUGAAAUUACUCAUAGAAAAUGGAGUAAGCAUGCAUCGUUUUCUCACCAUCUCCCGGCUAGAGGAAUUGUACAAUACGAGACACGGACCAUCCAACACUCUGCAUCAUCUAGUCAGGGACGUGAAAAAGGGAAACUUACCUCCUGAUUACCGGAUAAGUUUGAUUGAUAUUGGAUUGGUGAUAGAGUACCUGAUGGGAGGAGCGUAUCGCUGCAAUUACACCCGAAAGCGGUUCAGAACACUUUACCACAAUUUGUUCGGGCCCAAGAGGCCAAAAGCUCUGAAGCUGUUGGGAAUGGAGGAUGAUGUCCCUUUGCGUCGAGGGAGAAAACCAACAAAGAAAAAAGAAGAAGAAGUUGAUAUUGAUAUGGAUGACCCUGAGAUCAAUCACUUUCCCUUCCCAUUCCACGAGCUGAUGGUGUGGGCUGUGCUGAUGAAACGUCAGAAGAUGGCCCUUUUCUUUUGGCAACAUGGGGAAGAGGCUAUGGCUAAAGCUCUGGUGGCCUGCAAACUCUGCAAAGCCAUGGCCCACGAAGCAUCAGAAAAUGACAUGGUGGAUGACAUAUCCCAAGAGCUGAACCACAAUUCCAGGGACUUCGGCCAGCUGGCGGUCGAGCUCUUGGACCAGUCGUACAAGCAGGAUGAGCAGCUGGCAAUGAAGCUGCUGACCUAUGAGCUGAAGAACUGGAGCAACGCCACAUGCCUGCAGCUUGCAGUGGCAGCCAAGCACAGGGACUUCAUCGCUCACACUUGCAGCCAGAUGCUGCUCACUGACAUGUGGAUGGGUCGUCUCCGGAUGCGAAAAAAUUCUGGCCUAAAGGUAAUUCUAGGAAUUCUACUUCCUCCUUCAAUCCUCAGCUUGGAGUUCAAGAAUAAAGAUGAUAUGCCCUACAUGACCCAGGCCAAUGAGAUCCAUCUUCAAGAAAAAGAUCCAGAGGAACCAGAGAAGCCAGUGAAAGAAAAAGAUGAGGAAGACAUGGAACUCACCGCAAUGCUUGGACGGGGCAAUGGAGAGUCCUCAAGAAAGAAGGAGGAUGAGGAAGUUCAGAGCAGGCACAGAAUGAUCCCCAUUGGAAGAAAGAUUUACGAGUUCUACAAUGCUCCUAUUGUGAAGUUUUGGUUUUACACUCUGGCAUACAUAGGCUACUUGAUGCUGUUCAACUACAUUGUGUUGGUGAAGAUGGAUCGCUGGCCAUCUAUUCAAGAGUGGAUUGUCAUCUCAUACAUUUUCACUCUGGGAAUAGAGAAGAUGAGAGAGAUCCUCAUGUCAGAGCCUGGGAAACUGCUGCAAAAAGUCAAAGUUUGGCUCCAGGAGUACUGGAAUGUUACCGACCUCAUAGCUAUCCUCCUGUUCUCCGUUGGGAUGGUUCUCCGUCUGCAAGACCUGCCUCUCCGGAGCGACGGACGCGUCAUCUACUGCGUCAACAUCAUCUACUGGUACAUCCGGCUGCUGGACAUCUUCGGCGUGAACAAGUACCUGGGCCCCUACGUCAUGAUGAUCGGGAAAAUGAUGAUAGACAUGAUGUACUUUGUCAUCAUCAUGCUGGUGGUUCUGAUGAGCUUUGGUGUGGCAAGACAGGCAAUUCUCUUCCCCAAUGAGGAGCCUUCAUGGAAGCUGGCGAAAAACAUUUUUUACAUGCCUUACUGGAUGAUCUAUGGGGAAGUGUUUGCAGACCAGAUAGACCCACCUUGUGGUCAAAAUGAAACCAGAGAAGACGGCAAAAUAAUCCAGUUACCUCCCUGCAAGACAGGAGCAUGGAUCGUUCCUGCCAUCAUGGCCUGCUACCUCUUGGUAGCAAACAUCCUUUUGGUGAAUCUUCUCAUUGCAGUUUUCAACAAUACGUUCUUUGAAGUCAAAUCUAUAUCAAACCAAGUUUGGAAGUUUCAAAGGUACCAGCUCAUCAUGACAUUCCACGAAAGACCUGUUCUCCCACCACCUCUGAUCAUUUUCAGCCACAUGACGAUGAUAUUUCAACACCUCUGCUGCAGAUGGAGGAAGCAUGAAAGUGACCCGGAUGAGAGAGACUAUGGAUUGAAACUUUUCAUAACUGAGGAUGAAUUGAAAAAGGUCCAUGAUUUUGAAGAGCAGUGCAUAGAAGAGUAUUUCAGAGAAAAGGAUGACAGAUUCAACUCCUCUAAUGAUGAAAGAAUCCGUGUCACUUCAGAAAGGGUGGAGAACAUGGCCAUGCGACUAGAAGAAGUAAAUGAGAGAGAGCACUGCAUGAAGGCCUCUCUGCAGACUGUUGACAUCAGGCUUGCUCAGCUGGAAGACAUGAUGGGACGAAUGGUGACUGCCUUAGAAAAGAUGGCUGGCAUUGAGAGAGGUGAGACAACUAAGAUCCGAUCCAGGACCUCAUCUGACUGUACUGAUGCAGCCUACAUUGUGAGGCAGAGUAGCUUCAACAGCCAGGAAGGAAAUGCCUACAAGCUUCAAGAGAGCAUUGAUCCCACAGGAGAGGAGUCCAUGUCCCCAACGUCACCUACAAUCACACCGCGCUUGCGAAGCCACUCCUUCUAUGCAACAAAUAUGAAGGACAAGUGUGGGUUGGAAAAGUUGGAAAGCAUUUUUAAGGAAAGAUCGCCAAGCCUGCAUCGGGCAAUCAGUUCCCACUCAAUAGCAAAAGAAGGAAAGGCUCCUUUACCCCCUACCAGCACUUUGUCAAUCGCCCCAGACUCCAGAAGACCUUCGUCUUGUAUAGACAUCUAUGUUUCUGCCAUGGAUGAGAUGCAUUCUGACACAGAACCUCUCGAGAGCUCCAUAAAUAUUCUUGGUCCUGAAGAUGCAGCUCUGCCAGCUCACAUAGCCUCUUCCCUUUUAACUAAUAGUGCAUACAUCAGCAGUGCAGCUGGUGAAAAGAUCUCUGGCAGGAGUCUUGAUUAUGAGGAAACUUCUGGAAUAGAAACAAGAGCAUUUUCUUCAGACUAUUCACAAAUCACAGACUGCCAAAUCCCGUGGGAUUCAGACCCUCCCUUGUAUCAUACUUUGGAGCGAUCUAAAAGCAGUCGUUACCUGGCUACUACUCCAUUUAUUCUGGAGGAAACACCAAUUGUGAAAUCUCACAGCUUCAUGUUCUCUCCUUCUCGAAGCUACUUCAGCAGCCUUGGCGUCCCAGUCAAAACAGCAGAGUACACAAGUAUUACAGAUUGCAUAGACACAAGGUGUGUGAGCGCUCCCCAGGCCAUUGCAGAGAGGGCCAGUUUCCCUGGAAGUCUCAGGGGCAAAGUGGAAGACUUGGGAUGCUGCCACCCAGAGAGAGAAGCUGAACUAACCCACCCAAGCUCUGAUCAUGAGGAUAUUGAGGUCAAAGACAAGAAGGCAGUCCCCUUAUCUCCUCAAGACAGCAGUGCUACAACAACUCUGCCCAACAGCAUCCCGCUCCCAAAAAUAGAGCGAGCCAACAGCUACUCUGCAGAGGAGUCCAACGUGUUGUACAUGCAGCACACACGGAAGAGCUACUCCAUCAGCGACAAACUCGACAGGCAGCGAAACACAGCAGGCCUGCGGAACCCCCUGGAGAGGAGCAAGUCCUCCAGGCCAGAGAGCAGAGGGGACAACCUCUCCAUGAGGAGACUGUCAAGAACUGGAACCUUCUGCAGCUUUGAAAGCAAGCACAGCUAG